AUGGCAGACGCACUUCCGUGUCUUGUGUGCGACGAGCCUUUACCUGCUGAUCCGACGGCUCGAUGUCUUACCGACUGCUCGCAUGAGUUUUGUCUCUCUUGCUUGUGUCGUGUUCUAGCUACUAGCAAAAAUCAUUGUCCUGGUUGCCAUGCUCUCGUGAAACGAGUUACACAAUUGCAAUCACAAGGACAUGAGACCCCAAAACCAGCAAAUAUUCGCUUUUGUAACGCUGUCUACACGCUGAACGUAUCGAUUUGGGCUGUCAACGAUCCAGCAAUGACUUUAGCCUCACUAUUCAACUUAGAACAUGCACGUCUCAUCCAUCAAGGCAAAGUACUUAAGAUGGGAGACGUUUGGCCAGGAUCAGUCGUACAGCUCUUUGGAACCCCAAAAGGGACACUACAGACGGCAAGAACAACAAGCAAUUAUAUGACUUGGCUCCGUCACGAGUGGCUGCAACAAGCCAAAUACAUUCUAUGCUGUCCAUUGACAAUAGUCUAUGACUUUAUUCGCUCUCUCUUUGGCAAUGUGGAGGAGCAAUCACGAGGUCAGCGAGGGUAUCAAGUCCAGACCACACACAAUUGCUUUAAAGUGAACAAUUUUAUAACCGAAUUCCUUAAAUUCCAAUCUUCUUGA